GAGUUAAGAGCGGGUGAACUGUGAACUCUGUUUUCAUCCAAAUAAAUUCCCAACCAAUUCACGAAAUUCAUUUCCUCCGGUUUUCUAGUUUCUCCGGCGAAAUCAGGGACAGUAUCCCGCCCGUUUCUCCGUCGACGGCAGGAACAUGGCGUCGUUUUCGUCUCUUGCCGCCAUUGCUAGACCUCCGUCUUCUAUCGGCAGAGCUUCGUUUCCUGCUCGUCUCAACUCUCUUCCUUGCAACCGCUUCUGCAGGUUGAGGGUAAAAUGCAGCUAUGCUGAUGCUGGUGUGAAGGAUGAUUCCAAUUCUGCAACAAUAGAUGUUGUAGCGGAUGUCAAGACCGAGAGGGUUGUUGUCUUGGGAGGCAGUGGUUUUGUUGGUUCUGCAAUUUGCAAGGCUGCAGUGUCCAAAGGCAUUGAGGUUAUAAGCCUAAGCAGGUCUGGGCGCCCUACUUCUCCAGGCUCUUGGGCAGACCAAGUUACAUGGAUGCCAGGAGACGUUUUCUAUGCAAACUGGGAUGAAGUCCUGGUGGGGGCAACUGCUGUUGUUUCCACUCUUGGAGGAUUUGGUAACGAGGAACAGAUGAAAAGAAUCAAUGGAGAGGCUAAUGUUGUAGCGGUAAAUGCUGCCAAAGAUUAUGGUGUUCCCAAGUUCAUUCUAAUUUCGGUUCAUGAUUACAAUCUACCAUCAUUUCUCCUCGACUCAGGAUACUUCACAGGAAAGAGGAAAGCUGAAUCAGAGGUUCUCUCAAAGUACCCAAAUUCUGGUGUCGUUUUGAGACCUGGCUUCAUCUACGGGAAGAGGAGGGUAGAUGGUCUUGAGAUUCCUCUUGAUCUCAUCGGGAAACCAAUCGAGAGAAUACUCAGUGCUACAGAGAACUUCACCAAGCCUUUGAGUUCCCUUCCAGGAUCAGAUCUAUUCUUGGCCCCACCGGUCAGCGUCGAUGAUGUUGCACUUGCAGUGAUAAAUGCAGUAACUGACGAUGACUUCUUUGGAAUUUUCACGAUAGAACAAAUCAAGGAAGCUGCAGCGAAAGUAAGAGUAUGACAUUCAACUUUUCCAGUUUCAGAAACAGCAACAGCUACAGCACAAACAGGUUAAUGAAAGUAUAAAAACAUAUUGCAUGGUUAUGCGUAUCAAGGGACUUCGGAGCACUCUAAUUUUCUUGUUUCCAAAUGAGUUCCUCGGUUCAUAACAGCAUUUAUAUGCACACAUACAUAUUGCCCGUGCGUGUUAUAUUCUUCUCACAUAUGAGCAUAUGUUUUCUUUAAGCGA